AUGGGCAACACGGUGCACAGGACCCUGCCAGACUCGAGCCCUCCCGCGCGCCUCCUGGCCACCCGGCCGUGCUGUGGGCCCGGCCCUGAGCGGCGCCAGGUCCUGGGUGAAGCCCCGCGUUUCCACUCGCAGGCCAAGGGCAAGAACGUGCGGCUGGACGGCCACUCGCGCCGGGCCACGCGGCGCAACAGCUUCUGCAACGGGGUCACGUUCACGCAGCGGCCCAUCCGGCUGUACGAGCAGGUGCGGCUGCGCCUGGUGGCCGUGCGCCCGGGCUGGAGCGGGGCGCUGCGCUUUGGCUUCACGGUGCACGACCCGUCGCUCAUGAGCCCGCAGGACAUCCCCAAGUACGCCUGCCCGGACCUGGUCACGCGGCCCGGCUACUGGGCCAAGGCGCUGCCCGAGAACCUGGCGCUGCGCGACACCGUGCUGGCCUACUGGGUGGACCGCCACGGCCGCGUCUUCUACAGCGUCAACGACGGCGAGCCCGUGCUCUUCCACUGCGGCGUGGCCGUGGGCGGCCCGCUCUGGGCGCUCAUCGACGUGUACGGCAUCACCGACGAGGUCCAGCUCCUCGAGAGCACCUUCGCCGACACGCUGCCGCCCGCGCGGCUCAGCCAGGCCCGCUUCAGCGCCUGCGCGCCGCCCGGCAGCCUGGACGCCGCCAACUUCAACAACAACGAGCUGGAGAACAACCAGGUGGUGGCCAAGCUGGGCCACCUGGGGCUGGGCCGCGCCCCCGGCCCGCCGCACGCCGACGCCCCCGCCAUCCCGUGCGGGCCCCGCGACCGCCCGCGGCCCGCGUCCUCGCCGGCGCUGCUCGAGGCCGACCUGCGCUUCCACGCGACGCGCGGGCCCGACGUGAGCCUGUCCGCCGACCGCAAGGUGGCCUGCGCGCCGCGGCCCGACGCCGGCCGCACGCUCGUCUUCUCCGAGCGCCCGCUGCGGCCCGGCGAGAGCCUCUUCGUGGAGGUGGGCCGCCCGGGGCUGCCGGCGCCCGGCGCGCUGGCCUUCGGCAUCACCUCGUGCGACCCGGGCGGCCUCCGGCCCGCCGAGCUGCCCGCCGACCCGGACGCGCUGCUCGACCGCAAGGAGUACUGGGUGGUGGCGCGCGCCGGGCCGGUGCCGAGCGGCGGCGACGCGCUCAGCUUCACGCUGCGGCCCGGCGGCGACGUGCACCUGGGCGUCAACGGGCGCCCGCGCGGCCGCCUGCUGUGCGUGGACACCACGCAGGCGCUCUGGACCUUCUUCGUGGUGCGCGGCGGCGCCGCCGGCCAGCUGCGCCUGCUCGGCACCCUGCAGUCCAGCCCUGUGAUCCCGUCUCCGUCGGGGUCCCUCAGCGGCUCCCAGGACGAUAGCGAUUCCGAUAUGGCCUUCAGUGUCAACCAGUCCUCCUCGGCAUCCGAGUCAUCCCUGGUGACAGCCCCCAGCUCCCCGCUGAGCCCCCCGGUGUCCCCCGUGUUUCCCCCACCGGAGCCGGCCGGCAGCAGGAAUGGCGAGUGCACGGUGUGCUUCGAUGGCGAAGUGGACACGGUCAUCUACACGUGUGGACACAUGUGCCUGUGCACCAGCUGCGGCCUGCGGCUCAAGAGGCAGGCCCGGGCCUGCUGCCCCAUCUGCCGGCGGCCCAUCAAGGACGUCAUUAAGAUCUACAGGCCGUAG